UUGUAGGACCAAGAAGUUAUCAUAAACUCUAUAACUAUUAGAGAGAUCCUGCAGGUUUAGUAGGUCUGAAGCUCUGGUGCAGUGCACAUUUCAUUUCCGACCCCUGCUUAGUUUUCCUGAAACUGGACUCCGGAGCUGCAUGAUGAAUAAAACAUCCUCUGUGCUGCUGGCUGAUCACCGGACUCCUUUCAGCUGUAUAAGUGGUGAAAGGCGACAUAAUCUCCAUCAGAACAAGAUCUGGACUGAGAUUGAGACACACACACACACACAACAGAGAAAAGGCUCCACAGACAGCGGAAAGGACCACAAAUUAAGCUUUUUUUUGGAGAAGCAGGAUGUUAAAACCGCAGCAGCACGGUGAGCUCCUCCUGCCGGUGUCGGUGUUUGGGAAGCCGUGGUACUGGCAGCGCAGCGGCGUUGCCAUGGAGCAGAGCACCCACAGCCUGGCGCAGGUCGUCAUGGAGAUGAGGGAUGAGAUCCAGAAGCUGGAGGAGGAGAACCGAGAGCUGCGGGGAGACUGCGGUCAUCAGCGGGCCUUUGGAGCCAGGAUGCCGGGGAGAGCCAGCAGCAACAGCCCGGUGUCUUCAGCAGCACGGAUGGAGGCGGGGAUGGAAGAAAACCCCUAUGUGAACCUGAGGCGCAAUGCGUCUGCGCCAGUCCUGGAGGGACAAUACAAAGAGAACACCGUCAUGACUGUCCGGAGGUACUCGAUAAGCUCCAACCUGUCUGGUGUGACCAUGACAGAGGGGAGGACUGACAGGGCUCAGCCCAGUGACUCUGGAUGGGGAAGACUACAUGAAGAGAUCCAACAUGAAGACGGCAUCUUUGGCAACUCGACCAGAGGAGAAGUGGGAAAAGCUACCAACAGACACUCCCUGCAGGAAUAUGUACACAAAAACAGGGCCAAGGUAAAAACCGUCACAUUCCUUCUACCUGUGGACGACAUUUACACCAACCGGCCAGUUCUGACCAAACACCAGGAGGGGCCUAAAAUCACUGAGCUGGCGUCCAUAACCGAGACAGAUUCCUGAUAGAAGCAGAACUUUUAAAGACUUCGGAUGGGAGAAAAGUGCACACAUGACAUGAGCCUCAGAACAGGUUAGCCUCUUCAUUUAGGUCAGUGUGGAUCGGGCUCUUAAUGAGUGAGUCAGCAGACCGAUUUUAUCACACCUGACCACACACAAACACAAGACUCUGGUUACAGGUAUUGUUUUCAUUCGGCCAUCGCAAUCCAGGCCCGGUUAGCAGUGAUACAGUGAUACAGGGCCCUCUGCGGCGAGGAUCAGAUGUCUGGACUCCUCUCCCGACCUGGGGUGUCGUCUCGGAGCAAGACACACACCUGCAGGUGACGGCCCUUUAAUGGACAAUUGUGAUCACUGACUCAGGCCUCGUGAGCAACAUCAUUAGUUAUUCAUCUUUGUUUCUUUUCACCAUGUAAACUGAAAUGUGUAGUCAAGGGGCCACGUGUGCGUUUAAACAUGUGACCUGUUGACCAGAGUGUAUUUUUUUAGUGCACAACACACACUGUACUCUCUGCUUUCAUAUACGGAAGGCUCUUUGUAAAUACACCAGUGUUAAUAUGAAAAUUAAAGUAGGCACCUUUAACAGUCA